AUGUGCCUUUACAGUCUAGGGAAUGCUUCGUGGAAUGUGGAGAUGCUCGCAUCACACGUGUUCCAAUGUACCCUGGUGCCUUUCCAGAUCGUGAAGAAGAUUGUGCGCAUCUUUGCCGGAAUUAAAGGGUUCGUUACAAAACCUAGGACAGAUGUGGACCCCAAGACCAACGAGCGGAUCUACACCGACCCCGACACGGCGAAAUGGCUUGAAGAGGCUCAGUGGAACUUCUCGAACACGACGUGGGGAAACCCGUUUGGGGCAUGCGUUGCUGACAUCAUGGAUGUGCUGGAUUCGGGAAUGGCAUUGCACAUGCUGGAGAACCACAUCGCGGUUCUAAGCAAGCCAGAGCGGCGGGAUGUUGAGAGGCGCAAGAAGACUACCAAAGGAGAGACGCCGAGUGUCCUGUUGCGCCUGCCUGGAGGGAGCUCAUACUUCCUGAGUGGUGCAAACUAUGCAGCCUUCGAACACCGCAGCAUGAUGCAGGUGAUGCCCAUCCUAGUGGCCGACAAGUCAGCGCUACAGAAGGGGAAGGCUGGGGAGCUGGCCGCGCUCCGCGUCCGGGCGUUCCGGAUGCUGGUCGAGAUUUUGCCCCAGGCCUACCCGGACCACGCCUCGCACUGGCACUUUCCCAAGAUUCACAUGAUUGUCCACUUGCUGGACAAUGUGAUGUUGCGCGGGAUGCCGCACCACUACAGCACGGAGAUGUGGGAGCAUACCCACAAGGGGACAGUCAAGAUACCGGUCAGGGGCAGCAACUGGAAGGACAUCCCCAGGCGGAUCGUCGAGGAGGAGGUGCCGAGAGAGAUAUACAGGGGGGUGGCACAGGACGCGGGUGGUGGGCGUCAGUAUGCGACCGCUCUGCGCAAGGCGGUGGAGACGAUGAAGCCCGUGCUCACGAGGAAGGGCCGGACGAUGCGACUAGAGGUGGAGGGCGACGCUGUGAUGUCCACCUACCGUACCGCGCUGGGAGAGCUCAUGGACUCACUGCCUGGGUGCAUGGUGGCUGCGAACAUCACGGCUUCAGAGAUUGUGGCACACACGGCGGUGGCGAUUCCACGCACCAAGGGUGGAGCACUGGUCUCGAAGGGCGCGUUCAUCAAGGCAAGUCCCAAGAAGAACUGGUUCACAGACUUUGCCGUGAAGUCGAACAAGAAGAAGGAAGAGUGGUACGCAAAGGCGCUCUGUAUUUUCAAGGCGGCCAUGGACGACGGGGAGCGGAGGGGGUUUGUGUACGUGCGGUGGUAUGAGCAGGUGGGGGUCUGCCCACUCACCACCUGCGUGCAGCUCACACUGUCCCGGUUGGACACAAGGCAUGCUGUCGUUGCACUGGAGAGCAUCGAGCGGAUAGUGCACAUAUGCCGCUCUUUCAGCAACCCACGGGUGUUGCUGCUCAACAAGUUCUUGUUGUGUGAGUGA